UGGAGGAUGGAGCGGGCGAACACGGAGCUGUACCUGGAGAACCUGUGCAUCAUGCAGGCGAACGAGCGGCUCCGGAGGACAGCGCAGCUGCUGGACCAGGAGAACAAGCAGCUCCUCGCCGUUGUCAAGCGCAAGCAGCAGCACAUGGCGGCCUCCUCCAAGGCGGCGGCCCAGCUGGCGAAGGGCGGCGGACCGUCCGGCGCGGCGCCGUCCAAGUCCGGCAAGCAGCAGCCCCAGUGAUCGCGCCGGAGAUGCGCGCGCGCGUGCAUGCAUGCAGUCGUGGAAGCUCUAGUCAUCUUUGCCAAAAACUAGCUAGUAGUAGUACCAGUAGUAUGUAGUGUACGUACUAGAUAGGUCCAUUAGAGCUGGCAUGGAUGGUUUAGUUCUACUUUUGGUUAUGUAGCUAGUGGUGGCAGCUAGCGCUUUGGGGGUUAUAUAUUUGCAUGACUUUUCUUGUUGCGGUGUGAUGGCCUGAGCCCUCAUGGGUA